GGCUAAAAUGUUUGGUAAUGAAAGUAUAAGCCUAUCCACUAGCCAACAAUAUAAUUUUUUCAAAUAAAAUAAAAACCAUUGAGCAUCGGUAGCACCGUUCAUGAAUGUCACUGGAGUCACACUAUCAGAACUCUAAUCACCGAAGCAGAAUCGUGACAAUCGUGACGUCAGGUCGCGUGAACAUCGGUUUCCUAAAUUCAAACUAACGGUAGCAGAUAACAUAACUGAGUGGACUUGCCGAAAGCAACACGAUUCUACUUACGAAUAAGGAUGUCAGACCUGGAGGUGGUGAAGAAGAUGCUCCGGGCCGUGCUGCAGUCGAAGAAGAGCGGCGUGUCGCUGUCGCGGCUGCAGUCGGAGUACUGGGCGCUGACGGGCGAGUUCAUCCCCCACAAGCAGAUGGGCUACCCCACCAUGGAGGCCUUUCUGCGCAGCGUGCCCUCUGUCGCCCGCAUGGAGGUCAGCCGCGUGGGGGAGGUGGUGUGUUUCGCGGCGGUGUGCAAGGAGACGGCGCACAUCGCUCAGCUGGUGGCCCGCCAGCGCACCUCCAAGAAGGCGGGGGGGUCGCAGUUGGUGAACUGCCAGAUGAGGGUGAAGCCCAGCUCGCCCUUCAUGCUCUACGCAAAGCCCAGGACGUCUCUGCGGCAGCCGGAGCACCUGGGCCGGUCCGUGCGGGGCGGGGCGCGCCAGCCCCCUGCUGGGCGCCCGGGGUGCGUUGGGGACCGCCGGCAGACGUGUGUGCGGGACACCCAGCCUGAGGAGAGGGGGGGGGUUUCGCCCCAGCUCCGCGCCCCUGAGGAGAGGGGGGUCCUGUCUCCCCAGCUCCGCGCCCCCAAGGAGAGGGGGGUCCUGUCUCCCCAGCUCCGCGCCCCUGAGGAGAGGGGGGUCCUGUCUCCCCAGCUCCGCACCCCGAACGUGCAGGUGAAGAAGCCCAGCGUGACCACUGAGAGGCCGGAGAAGAGGAUGACCCUCCCCUCCAGAUUUCAGAAAGAAGUGCAUGCCUUCAUCUCCAGGAACUCCCAGCAGACCACUCCUGCUCACCUGAAUGAGAACAACGUUUCUGUGAAGCCCAGACCGGCCCCACCCCCAGCCCCGCCCGCCUCCUACAACGCGCAGGUGGUCCAGGGCCGCCUAAAAGAGGUCCUUCACAAGCACAGCAAUGGAUUCUGGGUAUCCAAGCUGCCCCAGCUGUACCGUGAGCUGUACAAGCAGGAGCUGCCCCCGGACGCACUGAGGGAGCUGGAGCACUGGUCCCAUAUCUGCACGGUAGAGAAGCCCUGCAGCAGUAACCCCGCGGAGAGGCUGCUGUACCCCUCUAAAGACCUGCGGCAGCCCAAGCUCCCCGUCCCCAAACCCCCAGCCCGACCCAAACUCCAACCCGCCGCGCUGCUCCCGUCCCCCGGCCCGAGGGCCCCGGGGGGGGCGGCUCUGGCUCCGGAGCUCAAGCAGAAGCUGGCGCUGCUCCUGGGCAGGUACACCAGCGGCCUGUGGGCCCACGCCCUGCCCAAACUCUUCCAGGAAGCCUACAAGAGCCCGCUGCCCGCGCAGGUGCUGGGCGAGCUCGCCCUGCUGGCGGACAUCUGCACGGUGGAGUACCCCAUGCCCGACAACACGCGCAAGGCCAUCCUGUACGCCCGCGAGCCCGCGGACGCCGCCGCCCGCCCCCGCGCCCGCCAGGAGGCCGGCCGCCGCCUCAGCAGCCAGGCCGUGCCCCCCCUCGCCCUCCCCGCUGAGGAGUACCCCUCCGUGCUGGUGGUGGAGGCCGGCAGCACCAACAGCGUGGUCCUCAGGUACAUUGGGGAGGGCUACUCUCAGGCUCAGGAGCAGCUGGAGGAUGAGAUGAGGGAGUUCUACAGCCAGGCCGGCGCGGGGAAGGCGCUGCUCAACCCCGCCACGGGCCAGCUAGCCGCCGUGCGCGCCGAGGAAGAGGAGGAGGUGCUGCGCGCCCAGGUGCGCGAGGUCACUGCCGACAGGGUCAAGGUAGGAGCGCUGCGGUACUCGCCCACGCGGCGGCCAUUUUUUCUCGGUGCCUUCCAGGCCGCCAAGUGCAAGCUCGCCGGGCUGGAGCCCUUCUGCCAGGACCCGGCGGUGCUCCAGAGCUUCGAGGCCCUGGCCGGUGGGAAGAUCCUGCUGGCGGAGAUCCUGGAGCGGGGCGACACGCCCCUGGUGGUGCUGUACGACACGUCGCAGGAUGAUGAUGUCAACAUCAACACCGCCUGCCUGAAGGCCGUGCACGACAAGUCCCUGGGGAACCCCCUGCAGGUGAACAGCAUCUACGCCAACGUCUCGGUGACCAACGUGUGCUCCGACGGAACCGUCUUCUGCCACCUGCCCUCGCGGGGCCAGGCCAAGCUGAGCAGCAUCCUGGAGAAGGCCGAGGCCUACUUCCUCUCGCAGGUGACUCCUGAAUUCCUGGUGUCCAAGCCGUUUUGUGGGAAGUGCUGCCUGGCACGGUAUAAGGGCAAGUGGGCAAGAGUGGAGAUCACUAACCUGCAUGGCAGCCGGGUCCUGGACAUCCUGUUUGUGGACCUGGGCGUUCCCGCCUCUGUGGAAGUGAUUGAGCUGCGGGAGAUCCCGCCCCCGUUCCUGCGUGAGCUCAUGGCCAUCCCGCCGCAGGCCAUUAAAUGCUGCCUGGCGGACCUGUCUGUGAGCGGGGGCUCCUGGACCCCUGACGCCGUGCUGUGGCUCAGAGACGCUGUGCUCAACUCCACCGACUGCAGCAUGAAGGUAUGCCAGCUGGAUGAAGCGCGGGGCCUGGUGCAGGUCUACCUGUUCAGCAGCAGUGCCCUCGACCCGCAGACCAGCGUCAACCAGCAGCUGCUGGAGUCCAGCCUGUGGAAACGCGCGACUGAUGUCGCCGUGAGCAACAGCGAGACCACGCCCCCUGCGGCCAAACCAGCUCUGCCCCCGCAGUGGGAGACCGGCGACGCCCCCGCCGCCCCCUCCCCCGCUGCCCCCGUCCCCGCAGCCCCCCCCGCCCCGCUCCAGCUGCCCCCGCUCAUGCAGCUGCCCCAGCCGGGGCACAACAUGGACAUCUACGUGUCUGUGGCGUGCCACCCCGGGCACUUCGUGCUGCAGCCCUGGCAGGACCUGUACAAGCUGGUGGUGCUCAUGGGCGAGAUGAUCCUCUACUACAACAAGAUGGAGGAGAAGCAGCUCAUCAAGGUGGAGAAGAACCAGAUCUACGCCGCCAAGGUGGAGAGCAACUGGCACCGGGUGCUGGUGAAGGGCGUUUUGACCAACGGCCUGGUGUCUGUGUACGAGCUGGACUACGGGAAGCACGAGCUGGUGGACUGCUCGCAGCUGCAGCCGCUCAUCAACGAGUUCCGCCAGCUGCCCUUCCAGGGCAUCACUGCGCAGCUGGCAGGGGUGAAGCCCAGGCAGUGGUCGGAGGAGGCCUCCAUCGUGUUCCGGAACCACGUGGAGAAGAAGCCGCUGGUGGCGCAGGUGGAGUCCGUGCAGGAGGCCCCCCAGCCCUGGGACCGGAAGGUGGUGGUGUACCUGGUGGACACCUCCCAGGAGGAGAAGGAUGUGUGGGUGCACGACAUCAUGGCCGAGCUGGCAGAGGAGCAGAGCCGGGCCGCGUAGCACCCCCUCCCCCCCCCACAACCCCCCCCGUACAGGCUUCAGACUGUUACUCAAAGUUCAGUUUACUGCCCCAUCCAGUGCCACUGUCAUUUACAGAGCAAGUGCUUUAUGUGCUCAAAAAUCCACUCCACAUAACACUCAGAUUGCAGUGAUUUACGAUGGUUUACAAAGGUCUGCUCAUUCAAUGUUUGUUUUUUUUUUUUUGUAAGAUAUUCAGAAGCUAUCCAGAGCAAAACCCUUCCUCCUUGGUUUCUGCAUUACAAUGCAGCCGUGUGUCUUAAUAGCUGUUCUGCUUGGUUGAUUGUCUUUUUUUUUCUUCUUACUUUCUUUGUGUGCUGAAAUCCUUGGAGUUUUUGAAGAAGCAUCACAGUAUCUUCACAUGUUUGUGUUUCCUUCACCAGAGUUUGUGCACAUAGGUUAUGCGUGCUCGUAUCUGAACCCGUGCGCUCGCGGCAGCGCGAGGACAGCCGGAUGCAUUGUUCUGAAUGGAACCGCAGGCAGGGAGUGUUGCUCCAGAUGAAUAUGUAUUCUGCAUAAACUUGUAUGACUGAAAGCAAUCCUUUGUUACAUGUCAGGUUUACAUUAAGGUUAAAUGCCCAUGUAGAAAGCUGUAGAAGUGGUUAACUAAAUUCGGUUUUUUUUGCUGCACUUUGUUAAAUUUAAUUAAAAAUAUGUACAUAAA